AUGGCUGCUCCCUCUUUCAGCUGGGGACAAUUCUGGGCGUCUGGUCUGGGGGUUCUGCUGCUGCUGCUCCCUCUGGAGAGCCCCACGUGUGAAGCUGCUGCGGUUCACAGACAACCCAAGAGCCAGGGACUCUCUCUGAGUGGCGACGUGGCUUGUGGUCGGCGUCAUGUGCAAGGGAGGGUCCUGGGCGGUGACUCUGCCUCCGAGAGGGAUUGGCCGUGGCAGGUCAGCUUACACUACGCGGGCUUCCACGUCUGUGGCGGUUCCAUCAUCAAUGAGUACUGGGUGCUGUCCGCCGCCCACUGCUUCCGCCGGGACAAGAACAUCGACAUUUAUGACGUGUACGUGGGCCUCGUGAACCUCAAGGUAGCCGGCAACUACACCCAGUGGUUCGAGGUGAACAGGGUGAUCUUGCACCCCACCUACGAAGUGUUCCACCCCAUCGGAGGCGAUGUAGCCCUGGUGCAGCUUAAGUCCCGCAUCUUCUUCUCUGAGUCUGUGCUUCCGGUUUGCCUAGCACCUCCGGAUGUGAACCUCACCGCUGACCUUAAUUGUUGGUCAACUGGAUGGGGGCUGGUCUCACCGCAAGGUGCUACCUCAGAUGAGCUGCAAGAGGUCAAGGUCCCUCUAGUUCCUGUGGUCUUGUGCAAACGUCUCUAUGGAGGCCCAUUCUACAUCCUGUGGGACAUGAUAUGCGCCGGGGACAUGAAGAACACAAAGACUGUGUGUGAGGGUGACUCUGGGGGCCCGCUGGUCUGUGAAUUCAACCGCAUCUGGUUGCAGAUUGGAAUCGUGAGCUGGGGCCGUGGUUGCUCCCACCCUAUGUUUCCUGGAGUGUAUGCGCGAGUUUCCUAUUUUUCCAAAUGGAUAAAUGACAACAUAAAAAUCAUACCCCUUCCUGAUCAGCUCAUACCCUCCCUGUCCCCAGCUCUGGGGGCUACCCUCACUCUCUUUGUGGUCAUGCUGGCUGGCCUGUCAGUGUUCUAG